AUGCAGAAAGCCGAACUUGAUGGAGUACGGCAGCGCCUGCAAAGCUUCAAGAUGAGCCUCCUCGAAGCUCAAAGCGUCAUAGUGCAGAGGCUCGAUGCUGAGCUGAGGCAGCUCGAAAAACUCGGCACACCGGAUGCUGCGGAAACGUUGCCCGUCGAUGUGCUGGAGCCAGGUGUGGUAGCACAACCACAGAGCACGGAAGCAAAGAGCGCAUGGGGUGUCCCGAAGCCGCCAGAGUUAACAGACAUUCCAGCAAAUGUCUCAUCGGUGCAGGGUGCAGGGAGGAACUCAGUGAGGAGCCAGGUCGAUUCACCCUUGGCUUUCAACAGUUUGUCGACAGUGGCCAAAAACCGCCGGAAGCACAUGUCUUGGAUCCACAAGAAUCAGCACGCCGACCUACCCAAAUCGGUAAAAGGUGCCAGAAACACACAGCCUGUGUUCUCGCAGCUUCAUGCGCAGUUCGCGACAGACAGAGUGCGCCAGCAAGCAAUACAAGAGUUUGACAACACGCUUGUGGAAGGGACGACAGAAACUGUUUGGACACGCAUGGUGCAGCAUGGAAUGUUUGAGCGGAUAUCGUUGCUCAUGAUCUACUUGAACGCCUUGUGGCUGGCUGUUGACAUUGAAUACAACGAUGCAGACGUGGUCUGGCAAGCAGAGCCCCUGUUCAUCACAGUGGAAGUCGUGUUCGUGUUCUACUUCGUCGGAGAGGCUGUUGUCAGAUACAUGUCAUAUUCAACCUCUUGGAAAGCUCUCCGAGACCCCUGGUUCAUUUUCGAUAUGUUACUGGUGGUCAUGAUGCUAUUGGAAACAUGGGUCGUCCCGAUGUUCUUGCUCGUGCUCCCGGAGAGUGAUGAUUCUGGCGGCAGCUUGGGCAGGACGGUCUCCGUCCUGAGGGUGGCGCGCGUGCUCAGAGUAUUGCGGACGGCGCGAAUCGUGCGUGUAGCACGGUACAUGCCAGAGCUCCUGAUUUUGAUAAAGGGGCUCAUGGUGGCAGCCCGUUCGGUGUUCUUUACAUUGGUUUUGCUGCUCCUGAUCACUUACGUCUUCAGCAUAGCGUUUACGCGGCUCAGCGAGGGUACCGGCUUGGAAGAGCAUUUUCCAUCUAUGCCUUCAGCUCUGUUGACCCUCGUAGUAAAGAGUGUCAUGCCGGACCGGGAGAUCUUCUUCAGAGAAGUAGCGAGCCAGAGUUGGUUUAUGGGGGCUUUGGUGCUAAUAUUCAUAUUGAUCGGAUCCCUCAUCGUCCUGAACAUGCUGGUGGGAAUUCUUGUAGAAGCCGUUCAGACUGUCGCUACGAUGGAGCACGAGCAAAUCCGAGUGGAUCUUGCAAAGAACGUGUUAUGGCAGCUGAUUGCCAAGACCUCGGCGGAUCAAAACAAAGAUAACAAGAUCUCCGAAGAAGAGUUCUUGAAGCUGAUUGAACGAGACGAUGCGAGUGAGGCCUUAUUGAUGCUCGGCGUGGACAUGUACGCUGCAAAGGAGUACAGCAAGUUGCUUUUUGAGGAUGGUGAGCCCUUGAGCUUUGGGGAGUUUAUGGAUGCCAUGCUCACACUCCGCGGGUCCAACCAGACCACCGUCAAGGACAUUGUUAACCUGCGGAAGUUCACAGCAGACGAGUUUUCGCAACUCCAUGCGGUUCUGAUGGAUGUGUGCCGGUUUCUGGCAGGCCAGGGCAUGUCCGAGAAGCUUGCUCAGGAUUUAUCUCAUGAGAUGGCACUGGUACUGGUAAUACUGGUAGGAACUUUUCCCAAGUGCCGCGUCCUAAGCGUUUCGAACGUUCACAACGCAUCCCGCUGUUCCGCCAUGCCGUGGCCGCGGAAGUCCAGUGAGAGCCUGAAGGCGGCUGCUAGCAGCCUGGCAGCUAUUCGCCAAGAGCUGUUCGUUAGCCACCAGCAGCUUGUUCAGAAGUUGGACGCAGAGUUGGUGCGCAUCCAGAACUUGUGCUCGACUUCUGCAGACUCUCUGGGGCCAGCGGAGUUCGCGGCUUUAUCGGAAUCCGGCUCCCGUACGUCGAAAGGGGAUGGAAUUGAUCCUGUCCCUGCGGUCAUGCAGCUCCCCGGAAUGCCCGAGGAGAGCGAUGGUCAGCAGGACAAGGAGCAGGAGGAACCGGCUGGCGAUGUCAACGAGCCAGUACAGCCAGUAGCUUCGGCCUCCCUUGCAACCUUCACGACAAUCGCCGAACAACGGAAGAAGCAUAUGGCCUGGAUUCGAAAAGUGGAGGAUGGCAAAGUGCCGAGAGGGUCUAAGAUUGAUGCGGACGAUGAGGAAGAGAGCCGCGUUUUCUCUCGGCUCAACCCAGAAUUUGCAGCACAAAAAGUCCGCAAGGAUGCAAUUUCCAAGUUUGGUUCGGACUUGCCAGCUGAGGCUCCCUCCUACACGAACUGUUGUACGCGAAUUGUUCAGCAUGCAUGUUUUGAGCGGCUGUCCAUGACGGUGAUUGGCAUAAAUGCUGUGUGGAUUGCUGUUGACAUUGAGAUCAACCAAGCAGAAACACUCCUACAAGCAGGCGUUGGGACGAUCUUGGCGGAAGCGGCGUUCCUACUCUACUUCACGGCUGAGUUGUUCGUCCGGUUUUGGGCGCAGCAGCACGCCAGGAACCUGCUCAAAGACUACUGGUUCCUGUUUGAUGCGGGGCUUGUGAUUCUCAUGCUGCUAGAGACGUGGCUCGUACCUGCAAUCAUUUUGAUGGUCGGAGCUGGAGAAGCUGGUGGCCUCGGGCGUGCCGCAAGCGUUCUGCGGGUUGUCCGUUUGCUUCGUGUCCUUCGCACAGCACGGAUAGCAAGGAUUGCACGCUACAUGCCAGAGCUCAUGAUCUUGAUCAAAGGGCUCAUCGUGGCAGCGCGAUCGGUGUUUUUCACCUUGGUCCUGUUGCUGCUGAUGACCUAUGUGUUCAGCAUUGCUCUCGUGUCACUCAGUCAGGGCCCAGACUUACAUCAAGUACAAGUCCUGUUUCCGUCGGUGCCCAGGGCCGUGUUGAGGCUUUUGGUGCAAUGCACCAUGCCAGAUUCGGAAGCUUUCUUUCAGAGCCUUGAAGACGAAAGCAUUCUCAUGGCGGCAUUGUUCUUGGUGUUCAUCCUGGCCGGAUCCCUCAUAGUCCUCAACAUGUUGGUGGGCAUUCUGGUCGAGGCUGUGCAAACUGUCGCGACCAUGGAACAUGAGCAGAUCCAUGUGGACUUUGCGCAACGGGUCCUCCACAAUCUCAUCCAACAAGGUAAUGCUGAUGAAGACGGUGACAACUUGAUUUCUGAAGGCGAAUACGAAAGGCUCUUGGAGAGGCCAGAGGCUUUCACGGCUCUGACUCGGCUGGGGGUCGAUAUCUUCGCGGCACGUGAGUACGGAAAGCUGCUGUUCGAGGACGGUGUGCCUUUGACUUUCCCGGAGUUCAUGGAAUCCAUUCUGACCCUUCGUGGCUCAAAUCAGACCACCGUGAAGGAUAUUGUCAACUUGCGCAAGUUUGUGGCCCAAGAGUUCUCCAACUUGCACACCAUUCUGAUGGAUUUCUUCCACUUGGUGGGCAGUCUCUCUGACCAAGUUCAUCAAGAGCUGUUCGUUUCAAUGCAGCUUGUGCAGCUUGCUCCGCAGCUCAGGCUCACCUGUGAGGACAUCGAGGACAUCUAUGUUAGAGCUUCCAGGCCAAACUCGGCAAUGACGUACCUCGCCCAGCACUUGCUGCAAUAUUACACCAUACAAGUUUCAAGGCGCAAGGACGUCUGGGAUCCAUGUGCACUCAGGCCUGGUGCAAGCUGUGAGAGAGCAGGGAAUGCUUGGAUGCUGUUCGAACAUACUGGCGCUUGA